AUGUACACUGAUGUGGCGACUCUUUAUCAUGACUUUCGCCCGAGGUAUCCAGAGACUCUGAUCGAUGACGCAAUCAAAGAAUCUCCUUUGCUGCAGUCAGCAGAUGCACCCAAGUACAAGGUUUUGGAAAUUGGAUGCGGUCCAGGUACACUAACCGUUCCUCUUGCAAAACGAGGUUAUGCUGUCACUACCCUUGACCCAGGCGUUGGAAUGCUGAAUAAGUGCAAGGAAGUGUGUAGUGGAUACCAGAACGUGGAAUUCCAUCAAGUUCCAUUCCACGACUUUCAUAGCGACGUACAGUUCGACACUAUUUUUGCUGGAACAUCCUUACAUUGGGCGAUUUCAGGUAAAGAAGAAGCUGAGACGGUAAAGAAACUCCAUUCGCUUCUCAAAGAUGACGGAAAGCUAAUUUUGCUGUGGAAUUAUCCUCGCGAAGCCCCUGAAGACAUUCGAAAUACAGUUGCCGAUGCAUUGGGUGCAUCCAAGCCAUUCUACUUCGGUGGCGAUAGUGCAGAAGGCCACGAGAAGAGCAUGGAUGAGAGAGUAUUCACACCUCUAUUUAGUGGUGGUCUGUUCGAACUAUCAAAGACAAUUCGAUCUGAUACCAUAACGAAGCUAUCGCCCCAAGACUAUAUUUCCUUUUUUAAGACACUAAGCCCAAACAUUGUGAAGGAAGAGAAAGAAGCCACGAAAUAUUUUGGAACAAUUGAGCAAAUUUUGGUGCAAAAGUGUGGAGACAGUCUUCCGACGUCCGGUACAUCUAGUGCGAAUAUCAUUUCUAAAACAACACGAUGA